AGCAGUGCGCAUGCGCACUGACGCGUCGACGACGUUGUCAAACAGGGAUGUGAAAAUGAUCGCAAACUGUGCGGACAAACUCAAUGAGCAGACUAACAGCCGACCGCAGCGGCAGCUCGGAUAGGUUUUGUGUUAACAGCCCAUGAGUGCGGACUUUAUAGACCCAAGCUUCGCUUUUCUUGAGCUGAGGAAAAUCGGUUUAAGUCACUUUUUAAGUGCCGUCGAGCUAACUUAGCGACAGUUGAGCUAGCCGGGGAGCUGGAGCGGCGCGCGGUGACCGGCUGAGCUAACAUUAACAUGUAACUACGGCGAAACGAGCAGUGGUAACGUUAGUUUAGCUCAUUUUCACCGUUUCUCUCACUUCUGCUCGGCGUUUGGCACCGUUUUCAGCCGGGAAGCAGCACCGAGGAGGAGAGGAAGAUGUCUCGGAGGCGGCUGGACAGUCGUAGCGGACUCUCCGCCGGACUGCUCGGCGAGAUUCAGACUCCGAUCAGCACGGAGCCGCUGGAGAGUGUGUACGAGAUCACCGGGGAGCUGGGCAGGGGCAAGUUUGCUGUGGUGAAGCGGUGUGUGGAGAAAACCACAGCAAAAGCGUUCGCUGCCAAAUUCCUAAAAAAGAGGAGACGAGGUCGCGACUGCCGGGCAGAGGUCAUCCAUGAGAUGGCUGUCCUGGAGAUGGCACGUAACAACCCCCGAGUGGUCAACCUGCAUGCCGCUUACGAGACGGAUCACGACAUUGUCUUAGUGCUGGAAUAUGCGGCCGGUGGAGAGAUAUUUGACCACUGCGUAUCCGACGAGCUGCUGCCCGAGGCCCAGAUCACGCGCCUGAUCAGGCAGACGCUGGAGGGAGUCCACUACCUCCAUCAGAGCAACUUGGUCCACUUAGACCUCAAGCCACAGAACAUCCUCCUGACCAGCCUGUCGCCUCCAGGAGACAUAAAGAUCGUGGACUUUGGCCUGGCACGCAGACUGGGUGCGGUCGGAGAGCUCCGAGAGAUUCUUGGCACACCUGAAUACGUGGCUCCAGAGAUCCUCAACUACGAGCCAAUCACAACGGCGAGUGACCUUUGGAGCGUGGGCGUCAUCGCGUACAUGCUGGUGACGGGCGAGUCUCCGUUUGCUGGGGACGACAAGCAGGAGACGUAUCUGAAUGUUUCCCAGGUCAAUGUGGACUACAGCAGGGAGGCCUUCUCCAGGGUGUCUGAGCUCGCUGUGGACUUCAUCCGCAAGCUGCUGGUCAAAGCACCUGAGGACCGGCCCAGCGCCGUCGACUGUAUGAGUCACCCCUGGCUGUGGCAGCAGCCGCAAAUCUGCAUGAGCCCGGAACCCGCCGCCACCGCCUUCCGUACCAGGAGCUGUGGCACAAAGUGGGCGGCCCCUCACGAAGACUUUGAAGACAAGGAAAACUUCCUGGAGUCAUCCCACUCACACGCAAAAAGGUUUCGCUUCGAGGAGGAUGCUGACUUUUGAAGCUACAAAAAUGAUAAGAGGGAGAUGAAGAUGCAGCGGUGAUCACUUCUUCCUCUGAGCUUUUAAAUUGUUUUAAGUCUCCUGGAAACCAGCAGCGUGCCGGCCACCAUUCACCGUUCUGUUUAUACUGAUCUACUCAAACCAACCAAAGAUAACCGGCUAAACUCUGA